UGCUUUCCGUAAAAAAAAAAAAAAGAAAAAAGAAAAACAAGAAAAAGAAUUAAACAAAAUGAAGAGGGAUUUUUUUUAUCCAGAGUUGAUUCCCUUACAGAAUAGAGGACUUAAUUAGAUGCUGUUUGGAAAAAAAAAAAAAAAGAUGGAUUUUAACUUGCUAGCACGUGCGUUUGGAACUAAUCACCUACCCAGGAGUAAUUUUUACUCCCUAUAUAUUUCUUCUGCUAGACGACUGAUGCAUAAAAGUGUCCCUGUGAUGUUAUUUCUUUGCCUUCCCUUCCCCGAGUGCUACCGCAAGGAUGUUCUCAGCGCUUGCCGAGGGAGCCAAGCGUUUUUCUCCGGAGGAAAAGGGGAAAAAAAAAAAAAAACCUUCCCCAGGGGCUCCAGGGAUGUGCUGGCAGCGAGCGCCACCGCUGGGCUGCCUGCUGGUACUCGCUCUCUUCUGCCUCUUCAGCCCCAGUUAUUGCAUUUUCUCUUCAUUGCGUUUUCUCUCUUUGGUAGGUGCUGUAUGCUUUUGGUUCGCCCAUUUACAUGCACACUUGGAGCAAAUAAAGCAACUGAAAGGGGCAAUCCGCAAAGAGCAGCCGUGAAUGAGAACAGCUGAUACGUUGUCUGAAUUUUGCUGGAUCCCUGCUGAAAGCUCUCCAGCUUUGACACCUUUCUGUCUUAUGUUUGUCACCUCCUGGGCCACAGGGUUCCCUUUCAGAUGAGCGAAGGGAGCUCUGCAGGAGCUUGGACUGCCACUUCUGGAUUUUUUUUGUUGUUCUUUGCAGCAGCCUUUGAGAUCUUUUCAUCCUACUUUGAAUCUUAUUUUACCUCCCUUAUUUUACUACUGUGUUUAUGAGUUUAACUCUUUCCAUUUUUAAUCUGGGUUAAGUCAUUUCUCCCUGGAGUUAAGCAGUGACCGGGUUUGUGAUCACACAAUUUAAAUUGAGCAAAACACAUUUUGUGCACGUGGAGUAGCACCAGGAGCUGAAGCAAAACUCCAGCUGCAAAUGUCCCCUCCAGGAACAAGCGGCCGGAGAGGGGGGAGCAGCCCUCGGGAGGUUUGUCCCAGCGCUUGCGUUUAUCGCAGGCUGCCAAAGGGUCACGUGAAGGGAGGCCGCCGUGCGGAGCCUGGCUGGCACUGUGGUCUUGCUGGUGGGAUCCUGGCAGCUUCUGCCCCGAUGGCGUUUGUAACCCAGCAUCAGAUCCAGAAGUUCCGCCAGGAUGGCUUCCUUGUCCUGGAGCACUUUUUCACCCCGGAGGAGUGCGACAGCAUGAGGAAGCAGAUUCAGGGGAUCGUAGCCGAGAUGGAAGUGCCGUCACACUGCCGGACGGAGUUCUCCACCAAGGAAGGGGAGCAGCUCCAGGCACAGGGCAGCUCGGAUUAUUUCCUAACCAGUGGAGACAAGAUUAGAUUCUUCUUUGAGAAAGGCGUUUUGGAUGAGAGGGGCAACUUUCUGAUUCCAAAGGAGAGAUCUGUCAGCAAGAUUGGCCACGCCUUGCAUGCCCAUGAUCCUAUCUUCAAGCAAAUCACUCAUUCCCCCAAGGUUCAGGAACUGGGAAGAAAACUAGGCCUUGAGAGACCAGUAGUUGUGCAAAGCAUGUACAUCUUCAAGCAACCUGGCAUUGGUGGGGAAGUGACACCGCACCAGGACGCCACGUUUCUGCACACGGAGCCUCUGGGCAGGGUGAUGGGCUUCUGGAUUGCGCUGGAGGACGCCACGCAGGAGAACGGCUGCUUGUGGUUCAUUCCCGGCUCCCACACCAAUGGGAUUACACGGAGAAUGGUGCGUGCAGCUUCAGGUGCCUCGACGUGUGUGGAGUUUGUAGGGUCAGAGCCAACCUAUGACGACAGCCAGUUCAUACCUGUGCCUAUAAGUAAAGGUGGACUCAUUCUCAUCCACGGGGAAGUUGUCCAUAAGAGUGAACUCAACAGCUCGGAGUUCUCUCGCCAUGUGUUCACCUUCCACAUAAUGGAAGCCAAGGACACCAGCUGGAGCAAGGAUAACUGGCUCCAGCCAACUCCUGAACUGCCUUUUCCACUGCUCUACACUUGAAGCUAGUGACUGGCUUCUGGAGUCAAGUAGCUGAUCGUUAUUCCUUUGAUUGUUUGCUCAUCUUUACAUGUAACUGUCACUACAUCAGCUCUCAAGAUUAAUUUAUCCUGUCCUCAGAGUGAGGAACCUUCAUGCAGCUGAAUACACCUGCAUUAGUCAGAAGCUUCUAAUACAUGAACACUACUAGUGCCGAGAAUAGUCGCCCAGCCCAUUUGGUAAGGGAACUUCUUCAGUCUUGAGAAUGGACCAUUAAAGACCAUUCCACCUUGACUAUAGGGGCAGAUAAGUAUUUCUUCUUGCAGAUCUUUAGUAUUUUCUUCUAUUUAGGCAGAGAUUUAAUGCUUGGCUCUGUUAAUCACAGCAAUGCAAGUGAACCUGUCAUGUGAAGAUCUCUGACUUAGCCUUAGAUCUCUGUCCAUUGUUUGAAUAAUAAUUAAAGGUAAUACUAUUGUGG